AUGGUUAUCACCGUCACAUCCAAUGCGGACCUCCCAAAAUGCAUAAAUACGGAAGCAAAGCAAGCUAAAAAGGCCAAGCAGCUGGCUCAGCUGUACACUGAUAUCCCAGCCAAGAAAGCUCGCGGCCCGCCAAUCCAGGGCUUCUUCAGCAGAACUAUGAUAGUGACGCUGCAAAAUGGUGACGAAGUCGUAAUCCAAUUUCGCCCCGAGCCGAUGGAUCUGCACCCUUUCAAGCUGGCACGGCAGUGCCUUGGGUCGGCAGUUCCACAUAUCGAGCGCGUCCAGGACGAAGAGCUCCAAGAAGACGAUAUCUGGGUGUAUGCCAUGACACGCAUUCCCGGCAAGCCAUGGUCUGAAGGCGUAAGAGGGAAAGGCCCAGAGGCAAUCAUCACCAUUAACAAGACACUCGGCAAGAUCCUCUCUAGAGGAUAUGUCAAGGCCAACAGCGAUGACGUUGUCCAUGACAAGGUCCGGCCCCAUUUGGAGCAGCUUCUGUCUUCUCAAGAAGAAAGUGCCGCUCCAUUCAAACAUGUAGCCAACGAUCUCCUUGGCAGGUUGGAUCAAAUCAAGGUGCUUCCGUUGUUCAUCGCCCACUUUGACCUAAACGCCAUGAAUAUUCUCGUGAAUGAGACCUGCGAGGUAUCUGGCAUUGUCGACUGGGAGUUGUCGACGCCACUCCCUUUUGGCAUGGGCUUCGGCCGCAUCCAUGACCUCGCUGGAGAAUUCUCCGAGGGCGAGUUUCAUGUAACCGACCAAUUUGAGGAAGCCGAGCGAGGAUUUUGGCAUGAGGUUAUCGAGGGUGUUCCGGAACAUAUUCGGAGAGUCCUCGAGGAGAAUUUUGAUGCAGUCCAAACUGCCGUCAUGGUUGGGACUUUGCUGGAUGCGUUUGAGAUUAUGGACGGCGAAGUCGGUUCAUGUAACCCGGUGGCUGCGAAGGCUCUUCCGAAACUCCUCUCUUACCGGGUGCCUUUUAUCAGAGGGACGGAUCCGCCUUACUCCAAGUAG